GCUCUUGCCUGCUCCUCCGUCGAGCCGCCAUGUUGUUGGAGUGAAAGCCUGGGGUGUCAGAGAGAAACUGGGGCCGAAAUCCGCGACCAUCCACCCUCUCCGCCGGUGAGUACCGACCCCUACCUGGUCGCGACACCUCAAGGCAUUGUUUAUUCACGCAAAAGGGCAGGUAUUGUCGCUACAGCGGUUCCGAGAGGGGAUAAAGAGGGGUAUUUCGUGAAGCUGAAGCGCCCUUUCUGCUGCUCGCCUCCUUCCUCUCGUUGUAUCGGUCUUCCGCUCCAGACAGCUCUCGGGCCUUUGUUAGCAUCCGCGUCACGGGUACCUGUGCGGCUGCAAGGUCGGCAGACAAGCAGAGACCCCUUAGGUGUUUAUUAAUGACAGGAUUAUGUUGUUGGGGGGCCGCUGCGGCUGGUAAAAACACUGUAUGGAGCCUGUGUUUGGCUGCCGGUUCGCCCGGGCUGAGCUUAUGUCGGGAGGCCGUGUUAUUGUUGGUAGACAUGGGCAGUGAACCCUCCAUAACAGAUCCGAGUGUGAGUGAGUCAACGCGGGUGCAUAUAAAUGAAACCCCCGGUCACCAUGACGACCUCCUUACACGAGUUUCUCUUCAGUCCCCUAUGGUUUUGAUGUGUCAUGUCUGUGGGGAGAGAGAGAGAGAUGUUUGGUCUGUGUUCAGACCCCGAACGUUAUCUCAUGCUAGCUGCAGGUUGCUUGCUCGGAUCGUCACACCCCUGUCUGUGCCCGGUAUGCGGUGGAUUGAUCCCCGGUAUUGAAUAAUGAUUAACCCAGUUAGCUCAGGAAACACGAUGCCUGUUUUCGUGUGGUGAGUUAAAUUUUGGGCCAUAACAGGUCGUGUACAGCUCGCUUGCUGUGCUGUGGAUUUCCGGGUGAUUCUGCACCUGAUUUGGAGCUGUGGCACAGGAACGAGGAGCUAACAUUUCGUGUUGCUGAAUGAAGUGGAGCAGGAAAACAAACAGGAGUAGUGAAUGAUUACUUGGCAGGCUGGUUUGUUUUUAUCUUUUGGGCCUGUGGAGCCGGUCAGCUCGUGUUUUUCCGUGUGCAUGGAGGUGGUGUGAUGCAGAGUAGUCUCAGCAGCAUGCUUUUGGUGAUGUUGACAUGCUGACAGACUGACAAAGUUAAUUACAGCAUAUGGCUCAGUGUAAGAUGAAGUGCUUGUAAUUUCGUUGUGGCCUGUAGGGACAAUAAUGUGAAACCGGUGAUUUUAACAGAGAUUAGAGCUUGUUGGAUAAAUAGGGGUUGUAAAAUAGAAAUUAUAUCCCUGUGAAUGUUGGAAACUACUGAGGGUGUUGAGCCUAACUUUGACCAUGACCACUUAACACAUCAGCCUGUGCGUGCUCUGCUCAUGAUUUCGCCAUUCUAAAUAAGAGGCCAUCCCACCUUUCAAAACGAACACCACCAACUCUUCUGUUAACAAUGUCAGGAACCACCCUCUUCAAAACUUACUAAAAGCAUACACUUGGUUGUAAGAUUUUAUUAAGAUGUUGAAGAAAAGUUUGCACCCUUUGUACACUGAAUGAACUCUACCUCUGAUUUUAUAACUUAGUUGGAACAAAUAUUAUAGAAACAUGUCAAUUUAAUGAACCCCACGAGACCACAAAGUGUCAUUAACAUCAGCUGACUCAGUAUGUAGUAAUGAAGUUAUAUCUCAGCUUUAGGAGUUAGAACUUCUCCUUUGACAGAGAUGCGCAGCUCUUCCCUCUUAAGCAGCCUUGCACAGAUUUUAUAAAAUGAAAAUUUUUGCAAAAAUGUGUCUUGAACCAGAUGUGGGUACAUUGAAUGAACUCUACCUCUGAUUUUAUAACUCAUUUGAACCAAAUAUUAUAGAAACAUGUCAAUUUAAUGAUCCCUACAAGACCACAAAGUGUUAUUAACAUCUUUUUUAAAAGUAACAGCAAAACUUUUUAUUAUAACGUUUCCAGACUUUUCUAUUAGACACCGUUUGUUAAGUUAGACACAUCAGCUGACUCAGUAUGUAGUACUGAAGUUAUAUCUCAGCUGUAGGAGUAUGAACUUCUCCUUUGGCAGAUUUUAUAAAUACAUUUUUUUGCAGAAAUGUGUCUUGAACCAGACGUAGGCUAAACAUUUGUGAACAUGCAGACCGGUGUCUCAGUGAAGCUUUAAUCUAACAUGGAAAACUUUCUCCUUGUUUCAUUGAACUUGAGCCCCACACAGCAGCAAAGUGAAAUUCUAAGUAUACAGUGCUGACUGCAGACAGAACUUGAGAGCAAGCUUACCUGCCACCUUGCCUGCUAUAAGAACAGAUUUUCUAGUUUAUGUCUAAAACUGAAGCUGAAACAGCUCCUCUCAGAUCAAAUAAGGAGCUGCUUUAUGUGUCAUAUUCAUGCCGUCCCUUAUGUGGCUGUAGUCUAAAAAUUUAAAAUGAACUUCGGCCUCUUUAGGAGGAUUAAACUAAUUAAGUUUAUUCAUUUGAAAUGGGCCUAGACAUUGCUUCAGUGUUUUUUUUUAUUUUUUCAGGAAGAGUAACUGAGUGCAUAAAAUAACCUUGUAAGUUCUAGCAGGAAUGAAAAUAUCUACUCUCUGUGACAGUUUUGAAUGAGACUGAGAAUCCACUCAGUAAUUUUAGUAACUACACAGAAUGAAGUCUGAAUCAACAGCACUGCAUCAAAUUCUGCUCCCAUGGAAACUUCACCGUUCAUUUUAAUUUUGGACAUCCAGUUGUAUACAAUGCACAUGACAUUCAGCACAUAAAAAACACCUUCCCAUCCGUAUUUACAAGUGAAGCUUGUGCAGGAACAAAAUUUUAAACCUUGGCAUGUCUGGUAAUAAUGAACAUAAAAAAUACAACAAAGAGACUGAUCAAAAUGAAUUGAAUGUAGUUUCAGUGAAUGCUGUGAUUUAAUCUGGAUGUUCCUACUAACCUGGUAAUUAGAUUGUAGCCUAACAUAAAAACCAGUCCAACUUGCGGCAUUUGCUGAGCUGUACUCUACUUGUCUGGUUCUGCUUGAAGCUAUCAAAAGUGGGCAGCAAAUACAGACAGGGUGCUGUUAAGUCCCGCCCGGGCCAGGGGGGGCAUGGAUGGUAGCAGUCUGUUCAUUUCUGUUGCUUGGAGGUGAAUCUUGUUAGUUUCUGUCUGCAAGCAAAAGAUGUAAAAAGACCUGAGUGUUUCUGAGUGAUGAGCUGCACAACCAACAGGCUGAAGAUCCAAAAGUUGGUUAUAGUGAGCACAGAGAUGGAGAAACAGUAUGUAAGGAGAUAAAACGGUUGCAGACAAUAUCAUGUGAGACAUGGCCUGGGGUAAUUUAGUCAAACGGCACAGGUUGAAGCUUAGUGAUUCUAUUAGUCUGCUUCUACAAAGCGAUUUGGUCGAAUAAUGGUGAGCAUCAAAGCGUUUCUGUGGACCACUCAGUGGGAGCUUACCACCAAGAAAAGACUCGAGACAGAAAAUAUGGACUUAUGACACCAAACUCUCCUCCCCGCUCGGGCAAAGUAAUCCACAGACGAGGUUUUCAAAGUUUGCUCCCUGCUACUGUUGCUGCUCUAAAAUGACAGCUAAUGGGCUUUAUUCCAUCCAUAUAACACAGUGACGACUGUUUCUUACUAAUGGAGGGCUGAUUUAUUGAGGGAUUCAUGGAACAGCUGUGGCCAUGAACUUUGAUCGUAACCACAUGGGAGAGGAAAAUGAUUUAAAGGCCCAUUUGUCUGAUUUUGCUGUCAGCAGUCUUCUCUCAUGAUGAACUGCAGGAUCUCUGUUAUAGUUUGUCAUGGUUAGAUUGUUGUCAACAUUAGCUUGAACAACAGUAAGGUUUUGGUGCAUGUGCAGAACAUUGUUAGCAAGUCUUGUAGUCCGACCAGCCGCACCACUCGGUCUGGAUUUCCUGGUGAUGGCAGAAGUUUGCAUGCUGAACACUACACUCAGUUAGGUGUUCAGCAGGUGCACUUAAACUCAUGCAAAACUCAUGCAGCUCAUUUAACAGCCCCGCUUACAAAGCACAUGCAAAGGCUUCAUGGUUUCUCCGAACAUACAUGCAGCUUACACGAUGUUUAAACUUUUGCUUUUGAACUGUUUAUUUCAUCCCUCAAAUGUACUGCUCAGUUAAAAUCUAACCUAUGAUUGCUGUGUAUGAACUCAUUUCAGCUGUGCAGAGCUGAUCCUCCUUUGUGUUUUUUUGUUUGUUCGUCUGUACAGGCUGUGGUGGAAUGAGCAGUGUGUGUGUGUUGAAGAGGAAAGCAGUGCUCUGGCAGGAUUCCUUCAGCCCCCACCAUAGAACUACAUCCCCCAGCAUGCCCGUGGUGCUGAGCAGCGGAGGACAUGCCCCUCCAACUGGGCAGACCCCUCAGGCCACACCCCCCAGCCAGCAGGUAAAAUCCUUUUACACUUGGACACACUUUACAUACUUCUAUACCAACAUCUCACUGGCAGCAUGUCGCUGUCCUGUCCUUGUUUGGAGUCCUUCAGGGCUGUUGUACUCUCCUUCUAAAAGCCGUCUAAUAAACCUUAUUAGUUUGCAUCACAAACUGAUGCACUUCAGGGACCAGUGGCGUGUGCAGCAUGCUGCUACCUUAUAAGCUUCUUGUGGGUGCAUAGAAAACAAAACUCAAAUGUGCUUUUCCUGUCAUCAAGUCUCGAUCCCAAACACACAGUUUCAGUAGAGAAGCUGGUGUCUGGUUCAGUACACAGUGGCUCGUGGCAUUAUAAUGUUGAUGUUGAUGAAGCAAAACAAAGUAUCUGGAUGUGAUCGACGUUUGGAAAUGUGAACAAUCCAAAAUCAUCUACUUGGUAGGAAAUGUGAUCCCUCUUAUGACAAAAACAACACUAGAUUUUCAUUAUUUUAGCUGCCCAGGGCUCCGUUUUCUCCAUGCUUGUUCUUAUUGAUAAAACAAGCUUGUCCACUUCAUUGGGUCUCAGUCAGCUGGAGCUCAGCCGGCUCACAGUCAGUCCAGCAGCAGAAAACACACUUCGAGGAGGCCCUGAUAUUGCUGGUAUGCAGAUACACCUUUGCCACUCUGGGAUAUCUAGUCUGCACUGACUUUUUCACCAGGCUGUCUCCUGUGUUUCCAAAGACGGGGUUCUGUCUUGCUUCUGCUGAUUUUUUUCUGCUGCCCAAAAUGAGUUUGUGGAGACUUUGCACACGGUUGAACCCCCUGCUGAGCACCUCAGCAGUGUGCAACACUUCUAGCCAGUAAACAUGCUUUACUAUUUAAACAGUACGCUGAGUACACUUCUCUAUUUGAUGGAAAAAAAAUGAACAAAAACACCUGUUUUGGUUCGCUCUUAACAAUCAGUUACUUUAUAGUGGAUGGAUGUCUCUAGUUAGUGUGUCAUCUCUUCCCUGUGAGGCUGUAGGAGACAGAGGGGCUGCAGCUCCACCAAACAUGCAGUGAUUAACUCAGCAAAGUUUACUUUUCAUUAGGUGACUGUUUUGGUACAAAUAUUUACUCAUUAACCUGUUUUUAAAUGUACUGGCCAAACAGAAAAUCUGCUUAUGUCUGGCAUUUGGUGUCUGUUAAUUUUGGACCCUGUAGUUUUCUGCUUUUUAAUCCUAUUUUAUUUUUUUUCUUCUAUUUUUUAAAAUAUGGGCGAGCCUUCAUGCCUUCAGCUGUUGAUGCUGCACUGAAGAAGUGUAAAAGUUCUUUGAGUUCCUUAUAAAGAAAAUAAAGUUUAUGUUUUAUAACUUAAAUAACUCGUUCAACCAACAAAACACAGUCAGUGCUUCCCUUUGGAUCAAACACAGAUCUGCAUCUUCUGAGAAUAAGUGAAUAACUUUAUUUUAUUCCUGAAGGGAAACUUUAAGCAGUACCAUAGAGGAGUGGAGAAUGAUGAUUGUUCUGAUAUUGUAAAAACACAGGAGCCCUAAUACACCAUACCGUCCUGACAACACAUUAUAGUAAAUACAGUGUAAUGUAUCAUUAUCCUUGUGUUGGAGUACGUGUUGUUUUUGCUCUACCUGCAGCUCUGUUGUUGUUGUUGUUGUCACUAAAAUCAGUAAUGCAGAUUGACAACUUAGUAAAUACUAAUCGUAGACCGAGUCUCCUCCAUCAUUUAUCUCUGUUUGGCUGCAUUAUUCGAACAACUGCACCAUAAUGUACUGAACAAACAGGUGUUUCGAUCCAUCACCCUCUUGCAAAGCCUGUUUAGAGUAGGAUCGUUAAGCCAUUGUUCAGCCUUGUUGAUUUACUUUAAAUGUAAGAAGUUGGAAGUGGAGGGGGGUCAGUUUUCAGCUGAGCCAGCAGAGGAGGUAGUGACAGAGCUGAAUUGUUGCACUGUAAAUGGAGCAGCCAGCAAGAUGGUAUGGUAUGGAAUUGAACCUGUUCUGGUGUGUCGAUGCCAGGAAGCUUUGUAAAAUCGCACACAGGCAUCAGUUUGUGCAUGUGGUCUGGUUCUGCAGGAAAAACAAAGCAGGCGUGAUGAAAGAGCUUUUCUGCAGGCCAGAUCUCUUCAUGAAAAGGUCUUAAGUUGGUGUAUUUGUUGACAAGAUGUCCACGGAUCAAAUAUCCUCUAUAAACCCUUUUCACACACGCACAGUGUUUUUCACCCUGACUUCACCUGGAUUACUUCCUACUAUGCUUCUGGUAUCAUCUCAGGGUGAAGUCCAGGUGAGCUCAGGUGAGAGCACAGCAGGAAAUCUUACCAAUAAGCCCCAGCUGGUGGCAGCGGAGGGAGCAGGCGGGGGUUGUUGAUGUUUAUCAUGAGGCUAAUGUUCUGUGUAGUAAGAGGGGCGAUCGUUUUGGAGUAUUAAUGUUUUCAGGUGAAAAGCAGGGAGAAGUUUACUGCGAGAAUAAGGCAGCAGGCCCCCAACAGACAGACAGAGGAGACUUUGUUCAGUGAGGGUGUUUGUGUGAACAGUAGAACCAGGUGAAUCUUCUGGAGUUUUCCAGAAUGAAUGUCUGAAAACAGUUUAUUUGGAAUCAUGACCUCCGUGUUUGGCUACUCGUGAUGAUAACUACAUUUAUUUAGAGAGGAAAAUAGAAUUAUUAAAUGACAGACAGGGUUGCUGUUAGGGAUUUUGGACAACACCAAACAAUAUCACUGUGAACCUCACCACCGUGGACCCAUUUAUGAGGGCCCCUGUGGGUCAUGGGCCCCUGGAUUGUCCUUCAGCUCCUAGCUUUUUGUUGACAAAGAGAGAGUCACUCUGUGCCAGCUGUUAGUCUUUUAUAAUUCAUGUUGUCUUUUAUUGGAGUUCGUACAGAAACUUCAAUAAUGUCUUUUGUGUGUGGAACCUGAAUUCACCAUGACUCUGGAUAACAAACUACAAUGACUGAGCAAAUUGUUCUCUCUCUCUCCGUCUCUCUCUCUCUCUCUCUCUUUCUCUCUCGCUCUCUCUUUCUGUGGUUCCUAUCAAAGCCGGGAUCUGAUCAUCUCUGCUUUGUUUUUAAAACCUCCCUUCCUGGUAACAUGGUUGUCAUUUCUCAUGACUAAUCUUGGGGGGGGAAAGUGAGGAACAAAGGCUAAGUAACUGCUCAGUGGAUUGUGAUUGGUCAUCGGUCAUCCCGGUAACUUUUGACUCCACCUUCUGCGUGUAAACAGAUGACAAGGCCCGGCUGUUUCCAGUACAUGGCGAGGGACUCUGCGAUGAGAGUUCCUGAUGGGGGAUUUUGUGUUUACCCUCAAGAUGAGUAAGACAGGAAGCUUAUGCAAGCUUAUUCUUAGCGAAGAAGGAAACCACUACUUUUUGCUCAGAUUUGAUUUUCUGAGGAGAGGAUGUGGCCCCAAAAUGUCUCAAACUGCAGCUGAUUUAUUACUGAUGAUGACAGAGUUUUAAAAACACAGAUAAUGAACUUUUACCAUCUGUAAGAAAAAGCUGCAUGGCUCAACAGAAACUCGGAUGAAUACAAGAUUGUAAUUCUGUCCUGAGAGUUUAGUUUUGAUUGAGGAAACUUUUGUAAAUUUUCUACAUCUUAUGAAUACUGAAGAUCUACUUCCUUUUUAAUAUUUCCAACAAGAGACCAAAGAAUUGACCUCGUCCUUCGUAAUAGAGGUGGGCUGUUAGAAUCAAAUCCAGGGUCUACAGCUAAUCUAAUUUAAACAAUAAAAAAACUGGACUAAUAAUAUGUUAAUAUUUCAUGUAUGUAGACCAGUGUGUUUCCUGCAGUCUUCCUCAAAAGAGUUGCGUUAUGAUGUUGUGGCGUUGUCUGUCACAUGAUUUGUCGAGGUUUGGUCCUACCUGUAUGCCUCCUGUUGUCUGACUGCCUUGGAAUGGGACGGCCGCUUAGGUUAGGACAACCAAACCUUUGUAAAUCAGCUGACGGGUAACAUCAGCUGUCUCCUCUAAGCAGUCGAAUAAUUUAUCUAGAUCUAAGAAAUAUUAACAUGUUGAUUGACUUUUUUUCAACUUCAAAACACAGAAUUACAGCGAUGGUGGAGAGCGGGACAGGUGUAUCUAUGGAAAUCACUCCAUUUCUAAUGUCAGUAACAAGGUUUGACAUUUGAACUGAUGAGGAAUGACAGAGCGAGCUGCAACAGCACAGCCAGGAUAGUUGACUGUAAACUUGUAUUAUUAACAUGUGUCUUAUUUUGUAUAUUUAUAUGUCAAAGUGUGUGUCUGAUGGGUUGUUUCUCCUUAAAAAGAGGGCCCUGACAUGACCUACGGAGCUGGCGCAGCUCCUCAGACACACUCUUACCAUUGCUCUUGUCAGUAAUUUUAAGAUAAUAAUCACGUGUGUGUGUGUCUCUCUGUGUGUGUGUGUCUCAGGGUGUGGCAGGUGCUGGACGUUCUCAGGAUGAUGCCAUGGUGGACUAUUUCUUCCAGCGGCAGCAUGGAGAACAACCCGGCAAACAUCGCUGGCCCACCGGAGACAACAUCCACGACAGCCAGGUGUGUGUUUGUUCUCGGUGUGUGCAUGUGUUGCACAAGUGAUGGCAUAUCCUUGCAGUGCUGGUGCUGGUAUUGUAUUAUGUCACGCACUUUUGAGUGCUAGAGCGAAGUUCACAGAAAACUAUUCUUAACAUUUAUUCUUACAUAACUGUAAAGUCAUGCCUUUACUGUUUUUAAAAUAAAAUGAAACCUCCGACUGCAAAAAAAAAAAAGCAAGCAGGGUUAACGGAAACACAAGUAUCAGUGGCAGGAACUGACAUUUCAACAUUUUACUUUAAUGUCGUUAUACUGUCGCCUUCUGUAACAUUAAAGACAAAUCAGUAACGAGUAAUUUAACUGGCUAAGCUCGAGACUCUCGUCUUUGUUUUCACGUCUGACUGGUCUGUCUGUGAUUGCAGGUGCGGUCCAUGGACGAGCUGAACCAUGACUUCCAGGCUCUGGCUCUGGAAGGACGCGCCAUGGGAGAGGUGAGACGAUGGGACUGAAGGUCGGGGGUUAUGUGUUAUCUGAAGAGAGGUGGUAGUUUGACCACUUAGCUUCAAUACCUCAGCUAAUAAGAGGUCAUUUGGGCUGCGGUGUCAAUACAUAGUUGAUUUUUAAAGCACAGAUUACAUGAUUAAACUAAUAAAACCUCUCCCAGCUUGAGCAGCAGCAUCACAGUAGUCAAAUCACUUGCUCACGGAGUCAAACUUGAAUAACAGGAAAUCCCUGAAAAAGAGCUGGAUCAGUUGCUCAGUGGAAGGCCUCUGAGCCAGUCGUAUUGUGGACUCGUGUUGUCUUUGUUUUUUCAUGAGUGAAAAGCCCUGAAAGACGAGAAGAGACUGAGUGGAGAUGCUUUGGGCUUACCUCUGGCAUUUAUUAAACACAACCCAGUCUUUCUGUGGAUGUUUGACUCGUGCCUGGAUUUACCUUAUUGAACAAAGUCCUUCUGUGUGUUACUUUAACUUCAUGGUGGAUGGAUUUAACACAUAUUGUACAUCUGUACUCGGAUUUAUGUAAAAGAAAAAAACUGAUUUCUUCUUUAUUCACACCUAAAAGUGAUACAUGAGUCAAAUCAACCUGCUGUCAAAGUCCUAAUGUUUGUAUCCUAAUGUUCUUCCCUACAGCCAGAACAUAAUGAUUACUUUUGUGUACACAGACUAACUCUUGUUAUGACUUGAUAACUGUUUAUUGGAUACUGAUGCAGCCCAAAGGCGCUGUAGCGAGUGCACCAAACUUCUCCCACCAAAAUCACAUUUUCCCUGUUCGCUUAAGUUUGGCUGUGGUGCCGUCUCUGAUUUAUUAUGAGCUCUUACAUCGGUCCAAUUCAAGGCUGGAUCUUUUAUUUAACCCCCUCGUUACACACCAUCUCCAAUGUGUAGUGCACGGAAGCAUAACACCUCAUUCCCCGUCUGACCUUCCCUUGGAGGUGCAGAAUGGGACAGUCUCUCUAAGAUCAGCUUUUUAUUUUGCACGAAUCAUAAAGCACAACCUUUUGAAUACUUUAAAAAAUGGUCGCUAGCAGGAGUGACAGUUUGUCUUUGUGUUUGCCAUCUUUGCAGUGUGGCUGAAAGUACAGUGGAGUGUUUGCUCGGAUCAGGUUGAGUCUGUGCUGUUACGAUCUUAAAAACUGCAGCUAAAACAGAAUUGAACUGAAAAAUCAACAUAAAGACCCUGUGACCUGCCGAGGGUCUGCAGAUGUAAAUGAGCUCUCGGCUUACUCGAGUACAGAACCUCAAGCGUUAACAUUUAUGUUUAACUCUAAGGAAUAACGUGAAUAAAUACUUUGAUCUCUCUGUGAACACAUUCUAAUCUGGUCCCAUGAUCACACACUCCUGGUUUAUAUUCUAACGGGGUCUCUCCGCUGCUUUGAUUGUGACUUUGUGUCACUCAUCAGGUUUCAAUGGCCUCGUCUUGCUUGUUUGUUUUUUUGGGAGUGUAGAGGGAGCAGCCAUGGGUCAAAGUUCUUCCACUGGUGUGUGUGUGUGUGUGUGUGUGUGUGUGUGUGUGUGUGUUUGACUGGAAACUGCAAUGCAGCACUGACAGUUUGACAGUAAAAACACUCAAGCCAGAAUAAAUGCAAAAGCUGUUCUGAAGGUUUUCUCAGAUUUGUGGACUGUUCUGCUUUCCUCACUGAUCAUGUGUCCUUUAUUGAGACUGUUCUCUUCCUCGUACUCGCAGUAAGUGCGUAAACACGUCGUUUCUCUGCGUCUUUACAGCAGCUGCUUACUGGAAAGAAGUUCUGGGAGACGGACGACUCUGGGAAAGAUGGACCAAAAGGGAUCUUUCUGGACCAGUGGAGGGACAGCGCCUGGGGGGCCUCAGGUAUAGACCAGUUGUACUUCACCUGUGAGAGUGUGGAAGACAGGAGGCUAAUGAGAAUACAGAAAGAUUUCACAAACUCGUAAACAAACCGCUGGAUUGCUCACUGCCUGGUCUUCAAGUAUAUUUAGAUGCCUGUUGGAAACGGAGACUGAUGUCAAAGUGAACUCACCCUGAUGAUGAGGGAGUUUCAGAUUGCUGCUGGAUCGUAUCAACACAGUUAUUUCUGUCUGCAGUCCUGCUCCUCACUCAUGCAUCAAAAUAAAAGCUGCAGAGAUUUGAGCUUGAUGCUUGUGCAAAACUUAAAUUAUGCAUAAAACAGCCCGUUCUUUGGGCUUUUAGGUGUUUGAUAAACUCUUUGUCUGUGACUUUUCCACGUACACAAUGAUGUAAUUUGGGGUCUGUUUGGAAAUUUGGAUUUUCUGACCCAAGUCACAGAUAUUUACAUAAAAACAUGUUUGCUGGGGCACUGCUGGCCUCCGCAAACAUAGACGCAGGCUGCUGGGGUUCAUUUCACCUGAGUGUUCCCUGAGUUCAUUCUGAAAUCUCUUGUGUGGUUUUCAGUUAUGACCGUCCACUCUCAGAGUAUAUUAUGCUCUUAUUUUGAAAGCAAUCAUCAGCGUGGUUUUCCUGCCUCACGCCUGGUCUCAUUAUGGUUUGAGAGGACUUUAUUUAGUCCAGUGAAAAUAAAACAGACGAAUAAUCUAAUCAGAAAUAUUGGUUUGUCAGGAGGCAGGUUCGAUGAUCUGCAGUCAGAGCUAAUAAGCAGAGAGCUCGCUGCACCGAAACACUUAAUCACACAAGUCCACACAGCAGGGGAUAACACAACAACAAGUGUUUCACAGAGGAGCCAAUGUCAGUCACAUCAUAACACCUUUUUUAAACAUUCAUAGAGCCCACGAGAGAGUGCGACCUUACUUUGUUGGGUUUCUGAAUAUUUCAUCUCUGGCAUGAAGGAUGUAAAGCUAAAAGUGUCUUUUGCAGCACAAACAUCAAGUGAACGUGCUCCGAGUAUGACCUUCAGCAAACUGAUGUGUAAAGAAGAAAAACGCCAGACUUUUCCCUGACAGUCCUGACGAGUUUGGAUGAUGUUCUGGUUAAUAAUUUAAGGGCUGCAUAAGUGGAUGUUUUUCAGAGUGAUCAUGUCUUUGAUUUAAUGAAGCUUAUGAAACCGUCGUCUCUCGCUGCUGCUGCUGAUAAAUUCAACGCUGCUGUUGAACAGUUCUUGGAAAACACGCUGCGCUCCCAUGUGCACAAACGAUUUAUGAGCCGCCUCUUCUCUCCCCUCAGAUCACUCUGUGUCUCAGCCAAUCAUGGUGUCCCGUCGACCCGGGCAGGGUUUCCACGGCGGGGGUGAAGUCGGGGUGGGCUCGGUGAUGUCACCGCGCUCUGAGAGUGGAGGUCUUGGAGUCAGCAUGGUGGAGUACGUCCUCUCCUCCUCGCCAGCCGACAAACUGGACUCCUGCCUUAGGAAAGGACCCUAUGUGAGUCUGACCUCUCAAUCUGUCCAUCAGUGCUGCUCUGAAACCUCCUGUUUUCACAUUUUCUCUCUUUUUUUUUCUCCUCUAACCACCGUCACUCUCGCUCUCUGUUCGCUCAGCUGACUGUCACAUUUCCCUUCAUUUCACAGGGGCAGAGGGAUGGGGAGGUGGAGGAGGAGAAGAGAGAGAAGCCAAAGGCGACAUUCGAGGGAGAGAAACUGAAAGAGUUGACAGAAGGUGAAGCUGAUGUCAUCGGUGACGUCAUCAACCCCAACGGGCUGCCGGUGCAGAACGGUCUUGACGUCGACGUCAAAGAGUUUGGGUACGUCUACGAUUGAGAAACUCAUAAUUAAGAGUCACAGUCUCUACUGAAAACCUUGAUCUAUGAUCUGAACUCCUACCCUUGUCCCCCCUGCAGUCGUCCCCCAGGCAACAUGCCGGCUCCGGGCCCAGAGGGCGAUCUGCUCGGUGGUCCUGGUGGUGUUGGUGCUGAGGGCCUGACACCCUUGGGAGGGGGUGGAGGUCCCAAACCUCCUGAGGAUUUCUCAGGUGUAGAUCAGGGCGGCGUCACCAUGGACCCCAUGGAGUCAGUGAUGGAGCCGCUCCAGUUUGACUACAACUCCCAGAUGCAGAUGGACUCGGCACCCACUGUGGGUCUAUUCGAUUACACCAACCAGCAGCAGGUAAGAGUCGCGGGCGCAUUUCCUGAUCUAAUGCCGCUGCAGGUUUUUUCUGAUCCUGUCCGAGUUUUCAAAUAAAUAAAAACAAGAGUGAUAGACACAGAGGAGGACUUUUUCAAGGUUUUUGUGUAUCCAGAGGUUUCUCUGAGUCACCUGUCACUGUCCUGAUUGCAGCUGUUUCAGAGAAACAACGCCCUCGCAGUGCAGCAGCUAACAGCAGCCCAACAGCAGCAGUAUGCUCUGGCAGCAGCACAGCAGCCUCACAUCGGUAAGAAAGUGUCUUUACUGAGCAUGGAAAUAGAGAAACUGGGCAACUGAGCAAUUCAGUUCUGCUACUGUGCUUUUGAUUUGGUCUUUAAACGGUCUUUUUGUUCAGCUAAUUAUGAUCCCUUUCACAUUUAUUGAGGCAGUUUCUCUUUUGUCGUUUUGCAGAAAUGGGAUCAAUAAAUACAACCACACGACAAAAAAAAACUUUUUAAUAGAGAGAAAAGUGUGACCGCAUGAUUUCCUGCAUGGCUCUAAACUGUGAAUGUGAAAGGAUAACAGUUACUGCUAAAACAUCAAACCAACAGUGGGACCUAAUCCUCUCCUUAAGUCUGUUAUUUACAGUGAAUUUGCAGCACUUGUGACUGUGAGGUAGCUGCAGUUUCAGUCUUGCAUUUUGGGGCUAAAGAUCAGCGAAGUUGGAAAAAACUCUGUUCAAGUCCUGCGGUCACUAAUUCAUGUUGUGUUCAUGUUUCUCUGGGGGUUAGUAAUGCUUUACGAGCCUUAGCACUCUUUGGGACGUGUUGUGGUCGUGCACUAACCUUUUAACAGUCUAGAGCGAAUUGGUUAUUAAUGAGUAUGAGGGGUCUUAAUCAUGUGGUUAUCCUGUUAAAUCUUAAUGUGUAAAAGGGGGAGCCGUUUAACCCGGAUCACUGUGUGUUUUCAGGUCUGGCCCCAGCAUUUGUGCCCAAUCCUUACAUCAUCAGUGCCGCUCCUCCAGGGACAGACCCCUAUGCAGCCGGACUCGCAGCGGCAGCCACUCUGGGUGUGUUAAAACGAGCCCUCCGAUCUGUUAGGAUCCAGAAACCUUCCCUGAUAAUUAAUCCCCACAAUCAGGAGGAACGGACGGCUGUAGUUACUGUAUUUGUUCUCAUCUAGGUCCAGCAGUGAUGCCUCCCCAGUACUACGGUGUGACCCCCUGGGGUGUCUACCCUGCCAACCUUUUCCAGCAGCAGGCGGCUGCAGCCAACAGCUCGGCCAAUCAGCAGGCGGCAAGCCAGGGCCAGCAGAACCAACAGCAGGUCAGUCGGCCGCUCGCCAAAGAGGAGAGCUGGCACGCCGAUCGCCCUUGGCUGGAGACAUUUCUGUUUGUUUCUUCGGUGCCAGUAGAAAUGUGCGUUCAGACUUGCUGCAGCUCUCUUUGGAUCUAUAAGCAGAAAACUCUGCAUGGCCCGAGGAGAUUAUGAGCCAGUCAGCAGGAAAUGUUUCAUACAAAUGCAGUUUCGGUUAUUUACUUUUGCUGUGCUCAUAAAUUUAAGCUAACAUAAGGAAUGUGCUCCAGUCCUGGCUCUUUAUUACACUCCAGCAUUCGUCUCUCUCUCUCUCUCUCUCUGUCUGUAGCCACAUUGUUUUUAACAAUAACUGCAGAGGAAUUUGUACAUUACGAUCCAGCACUGCACAAGAGUUGACAGGAGUGCUUUUUUGUAAUAUUUGACAUAUUUAUCAGACAAACGCCUCCAAUAAACUCACUCUUUCUUCUCACUUUGUGAAGGUUAUGCGUGCUGGAGGUAACCAGCGACCUUUGACCCCCAGCCAAGGCCAACAGGGUCAGCAGAAUGACCAGCUGGUUGCAGCAGCAGCCGUCAACUCAGCCCUUGCCUUUGGGCAGGGGUUAGCAGCAGGAGUUCCUGGUCAGUAUGAGAACUUUGUUUAUUGCUUUGGCCAAACUCCACGAUAAAAACAAAGAAAUACAUCAGGGCUUUGGUGAAAACUCCUGAGAUCACCAGAUCUUUAUUAACAUACAAACUAGAACCAACGUGAGCUUUAGUUCGUCUGUUUUCCUACUGACAACAGCAUGUGUGCCUCUCUCAGGUUACCCAGUCCUGGCCCCUGCAGCCUACUACGAUCAGACAGGAGCCCUCGUGGUCAACACCGGAGCCAGGAGUGGUCCUGUCCGCCUCAUGGCCCCUGCCUCUGUUAUCAUAUCUCCCUCUGCAGCACAAGCAGGUAGGACACAUUAUCCCAAUCAUCCAGAAGAGGUAGAAAAAGGAUUAUGAGUCUGCAGCUUCAAGCCCAGCCUCAGAUUUCUACUUAGAGAAUCAGGAUUAUUGGAAAUUCUGAUUUGUUAUUAGUGUGAAAAGGCCUAAAUAAAUAUCUCUCAUGGUGAACUAACACUAGGCGACCUGUACACUUGACCAUUAAUGCCCCCUACAGUCCAGUUUGCCUGACCAGUGUCAGCGCUCCAAACUGUGAUUUGGCUUAGUACGCUUCCUUGGCCCUGGCACGGUUCAAACAGGUGGAUUUACGUGCACGGUUCAGCUGCUCAUGCAUGUGCACUCAUGAGGCAACUGAAUUGUUCUGCUCCUACUUAGAACUGGAAUCAUUCUACAGCAUGUUUGGGGGGUGCUGACCCAAGUGUGAGCCCCCCCUAAAGUAAACAUUAGCCCCUGUUUGCUGUUCUGAUGAGGUUUUACCCCCAAAAAGACUUCUGUUAAUCACCUCUGUUUCCUCCCCACAGUUGCAGCAGCAGCAGCCUCAGCAGGUGGUGCCAAUGGUGGGCUGGGCGGCGGGGCCAACGGUCCAUUUCGUGCCAUGACAUCCCAGCAGCCUCAGCAGCAGGGCGGCCCCGGCGGAGCUCUGGGGGGAAGCUCUUUCUACGGAUCCUCCUCCCUCAGCUCCUCCUCCCAGAGCUCCUCUCUCUUCUCACAAGGUUCAGCUCAGCCCGGACCAGGUUCUGCCUCUCUGGGCUUCAGCCAGCAAGCCUCCUCCUCUCUCGGGGCAACGCUGGGAGCCACGCUGGGCGGCUUCGGCACUGCAGGUAGGAGUACACCCGUAAACAUAUGAUCUAAAGAGAACUGUCUGCUGUUUCACGUUAGUUAUUUGUAUUAAAAUGGAGUUGUCAGUGAUGAAACAAACAAAAUGUCAGUCAUGAGUAUUUCAUUCUGUUCAGGUGUUGUGUACUUAUUCAACUCUGUCUCCCUCUAGUGGCGAACUCGAGCGGUGGCAGCGGGUCCAGACGGGACUCCCUGACAGGCAACAAUGAGCUGUAUAAACGCACGCCCUCCAGCCUCACCCCCAUCGGCCACGGAGGCUUCUACAACGGCACCUUGGGCUUCAGUCCCUCCCCUGGUCCUGUAGGCAUGCCCCUACCCAACCAGGGCCCCUCCCACUCCCUCACACCUCCACCCUCCCUGUCCAAUCACAGCUCCUCAUCCAACCUCAAUCUUGGUGAGUGCCUCUGAUUGCUUCAUUGUUUUUUUCUCAGUAGUAUCACUAGAUAAGCACACAACUUAGAAAAAUCACGACAGGAACUACACAGUGGGCAGACUCGAGGAAUAAGCACCACAUCAUCCAUCGCCGCUUUGUAACACACCAGCUCAACUCUAGUUGGUCGUGUGAUUUAUAUGCCCGUCAUCUCAUCAGUUUCCAGGGAUAAGACAGACAUUUGAAAACAGGACAUCUGAUCCCGCAGUCUGGUGUUGCUCUGUGAAAUCAUGAGGUCCAUCGGUGUGUGAAAUAGACUGCAGUCUGGAGUCUCUGUUCACAGAAACGGUGGCAGCUGUCUGAUAUGAACAAGCCCUCUGCAAGUUGAACAUGCAUCCUGAGAUCAGUGUGUUACUCCAGACACACCGGCCCCUCACAGAAAAAGAACUUUUCUUCUUCUUUGGCAACAGAGGACACACUUUGGUGCAGAUUAGUGAUUGUUUUAAUCCUUUUGGCUGCUCAAGCUGGAUUUCUGACCAUUUCUACCAGCUCCUGCAAUGUGUGUGUGAUCCACUCACUCCUACACUUGUGCUACUUCUGCCCAUUUACAUUUAGGAUAACAGGUGAGCACUUUGCUCCAUUAAAUCAGCGUUAUAAUAAGGUAUCACAUAUGACAAAUAAUUCAGGCCUUUUACUUUUAUUUGAAUUUGAAUAGUUUUCUUAAAACGCAUACAAACAGCGAACAACACUUGUACCCCGGACAUGAGGACAGAAGUUUUCCUGCAGGACUGGAAACUGCUGACAUGACCUUUCUAACCAGCUUUAAAGGGAUAUUCUGGCGUAAAUUUAAGUCAUGGUCAGUCACACUGAGUUAGACACCCCCUCAAGAGAUGAAUUUUGCCGACUGCUUGCUUCUCUAGUUGUACCAACUUCAAUAACGACCACAUGAUAGCAAUACACAGUGGUCUACAUCUCCAUGCACAAACCUCAACCAAAAAGCCACUCUAUAGCUACAAAUAAUGCUCAGAACAGCACCUAACUUCAUCAACAGUACAUAUAGGGUCCCAGCCAUAGUACUAGCCAUCCAACAUCUUUUUAGCUUUGCCUGUUUCUUUAGCGAAGAGACUAAACACAAUUCACCCACUCUCCUCCAGCAGCUGCUUGUUUAUGGGGGCAGCCCUGACGUGACGAUAACCGAGUGCAGCGGAUCAUUUCCAUGAAGUAAUAAUCAUCAUAAUAAUCAUUUAGCACUUCAGACAUGGUAGUUCUUCUACCUUAGCGUCUCGGUCUGAUUGCAUUUCCAUGAAGUAAUAAUCAUAAAUGUUCCUAAUUGAGCUGUGAAACUCCGCUGCACUCAGUGAUCGACUUGAAGUUGGUGUAACUAGAGAAGCAAGCAGUCGGCAACAUUCAUCUCUCCAGGGGGUGUCUAACUCGGUAUUACAGUGUGUUUGAUCAUAGCUUAAAUUUACGCUGCAAUGUCCCCUUUAGGAAAGUUUUGCAGAGUGACCUGGACUAUGAAGUGCUCACAACAGUGUUGGUCACCACAGCGCAGGUCUUAGACAGAAGCUUAAACCAGACUUAAGGCUGGCCACCACCAUGACUACCACUAAAACUGUAUCUGUGGGUAAACACGGCAGAUUAACGGUGUACUAAUCUCAUGAGACAUCUCAUCGCCUCAACAUGAAGUCUCAGGAUCGUCACACCCUUCUGUCGUGUCUGAGCUUCAGCUACUCAUAGAGCACCCAAAGCUCUCCUCAAACUCAAGUUGAAUUUCAAUGUUUCAGCUUUUUUUUUUUUAGUGUUUCAGUUUCACAGGGUCUGACCUCCAGCAAUCCACAGUCAGCACUAGAGUUUAUCCAAAGCCGCAGUGUAAUUCUUUGAUUCCAGCCUCUCAAACAGACACACACUGGCAUAUGGCGCUGCAAGCUGUAAAAGACUGACGCAGCCUGGAAGCAGCCAACUUUAGCGGACUUGUUCUUUGGUUUUUAAGUGUAAAGGCAGGAACGACGGUGGGAAUAUUUUUGAACUGCUCAGCUUUGACCCCAACAGAAAUGUUCAAACAUCCUGAAACAUGUGUACCACUGAAUAAUUUAAAGUUUUUGUGUUGUCUGAGGGUUUGUGUUGAUACUGUAAAUGGAUUUUUAAACUUUUCCUGGUCAGCCGAGAGGAGAAGCGUGUUUUUAGGCUAACUCAUGAUUACUCAUAGCAGUGCUGCCAUCCAGUGCUGUGUUUCUGUGCUGCAUGAGAAUGAGAUGAUAUUCCUGAAGCUGUGUCUAUAUUUUAAUACUGCCGUGUCAUCAAUUAAAGAAAUAAUCCAUGUUAGCUCAUGCAAAUAAUGACUGCAGCAAUAUUUGACAGUCAGUGGAUUAAGAAGGAAAACUUCUUUACAUUUCUGCUCUGAGUCUGAGCUUGUGGGGAUAAAAAUGAAGAGCGUCGAGGUUUUAACAGUCAGCUCUCUUCUUCUCCAACCCCUCAGGAGGACUGACCAAUGGCAGUGGGCGUUUCAUCUCUGCAGCCCCGGGAGCAGAGGCCAAGUACCGCAGUGCCGCCAGCUCAGGCUCCUCCCUCUUUUCACCCAGCAGCCAGCUGUUCCCCUCGUCACGGCUACGCUACGGCAUGUCGGAUGUGAUGCCUUCAGGCCGGAGCCGCCUGCUGGAAGACUUCAGGAACAACCGCUACCCCAACCUGCAGCUCAGAGACAUCGCCGGUCACAUCAUGGAGUUCAGCCAGGACCAGCAUGGCAGCAGGUACGCAUAACCCAAAGUAUUCACAAGGGGAUGAUAAAGGGAGACACCAGAGCCUCAUUUAGACAUUAGUCUCUGAACUUGAGGCUUUUGAUGACUUUGGUAUCCAGGUUCUGAUCAGCUUUUUAAGCAUCCUGUUUCAGUGACUGUGGGUGUAGACAGCCCGGCUUCAGAAACCAGGAUAAGUCAACAGUAGAGCUCAGACAGAAAACAGGGCACUGUGGUAUGUGAACAUUAUACCUCUGCUUCUGACGGCUGCUGACUACCUGUGCAGGUGUGACCUCAGAGAGCUGACGAAUCAGUGAAACGAACAUGGAAGCGGUAGAGAGAGUGAUGGCCAAGACAGACUGACACCGGAGCUGAGGGCGUGUUCUAAAUGUUCUUUGUCACUGUUGUUUAAAAUGAGGAGGAUACACCAGAUCUGCAGUGCAGUGUUAGUUUUCAUAGCUUUAAUUAGAUUUGUAAAGUGCUGCAGGGUGUUUUAGAAAAUUUAAACACAGAUGAGACCUGAUACGAUUUUUCUAUAUAGGAACGCCAUUAUCUAUUCUGCUUAUCAAGCCAGUUCUGUAUUCUCUUCAUAAUUCCUGUGGAUUACAAAGCAGACCCAAACAAGUUUUGUGUCAACAGCACAAAUGAAGUUUCAUUUCCGCCACUGCUCGGCGGAGACGGGAAAGUCUGGCCUCUGAUAGGGCCUCUAGAGAUCAGCUGAUCCCAGAUACCGCCUCUAAAUGAUUGCAUGACCAUAACAAAGAAGGCAGCCCCUCUGUUAGCCAGGGAACAACAGAAACCACUUUGUAAGAUUAACUCACCGAUCAUUACAGAUUACCUUCACUUGAGAGGGUUUGGAUCCUGACAGGCGGAAGACUGCUGAUAUUUUUUCCUGGAUGUCUCAGAAACACACCGAGUUUAUCACAGGAAAGCUGCCGGUUUAAUGAAGCGAGUAGUUUUUACAGUAUUAUGGUGUUCUGUACUGAUCUAUCUCGAAAGCUGAUAUUGCAAACACAACAACAUUAAGUGAUACACCACUGUGUUUCAGAUUGCCCCUGUCUUCUGUCAGACACGAUUCCUCCCUCGGUUGCCAUUGCACAGACUGCCUCUCUGAGUUCAUCUGUACCACAGACUGUAUAUACUAUGGACAACUUGGCUCCACUUUCCGUCAUUAGAUGAAUUUAAAGCUGAAUUGCUUUCAGUAUUUCCAGGAUUUUCUCCACUUCCUGGAACCACCACUUGUGCAGUAGUGUUGUAUGCAUUCGGUGGGAGAGUCACUGUGAUGACGCUCAGUUCAAACAGUGUAUCCCCCGGGUGAGCUACGCAAUCCUUGAAUGCCCAUAAGCUGUAUCAAGUGUCAAUCAUAGAAAACAUGAACCCCCCUUUUAAAAAUGUAGCUGUACAGAAAAAAGAGGACUUGAGCACAAACCAGUCUUACUGUAACUACAUGUCAACCUCUUAACCAGGAAAAAGAAAAAGUUAGAUUCUGUGUAAUACAUUUCUAAAGUUUGUCCAGCGCUCCAUAAGCUUUGCUGGAGGAGGUGGGAUUUAUGACCUAUACUGCAGCCCGUCACCAGAGGGUGCUGUUCUCACGGUGACUUUACCCAGUGAGGAGGCAGACAGCGCUCAUUCUAAAUACAGUCUAUGAUCUGUACACAGUAUUUUAAGGCACUCAUAGACAAGUAUACGGUGACAAUAAGGGGGACUAUCAAGAAUAAAGGCAAAUGAGGAGGACGGCUCAAAGACAUUUUUCUGGGACAGAUUCUGAUCUGGAAGCAGUUUUUCGAUCCUCAUCCAUAAUCAUAAACUCCUGUGUAAAUAAGAUGCAGAAGCCAGGCUGCAAGUAAUGAUCAUGUAGAGGGAUGUUGAUAACCAGGUUCAUCUGUGUGCAUGAAAACAACAUAACCAGAGUAUGAUCAAAACCAACUUAAUUUACAGUCAGUCUCUAUGAAAGACUACAGAGUUCUUGGUGCUCCAAAUGCUGAACAAGUAAAAAAAACAAUGAAGAUCGUCUCGAAUCUGUAGAAUAGUUGUGCUCUGAUGUAAAUAGAGGGAAAUAUGCCACAGAUCUGUUAGUCCAUCUGCACCAGUCUGAUGUUUCGAAACAAGCAGCUAAACAAAAGCAUCCCUGGCCUUGGAGGAGGAUAUUCCAAGAGUUUCUGAAUGCAUUCUUGGCUGCUGAGCUGGCACCAUUUAAAAAAAGGAUUUCCUGCACAAAAACAACUGCCAGAGUGUUACACAACAGUUUUGUUUGUGUCAUACUGUUUUGAUAAAUUUCUAGACGUGGGUCUCUGCAGCCACAUUGUGGAAAUCGUUUCUGAAAAGGGUUACAUGAGGCGGGGGCUGGAAAAAUCUGAGCACAAACACUUUCUGAUGCUGCAGAGAUCUGGACCUUCUGGAGUCUGUAAAAUAAGUUAUACCUGAGGAACACCAAGUCCUACAAGUUAUUUACUAGCUCCUCACUGAGUGGUGUCCUCAGUUUACAGUGCAGGAUUUCUGAGCCACUGUAGUCUGGUCUUGAACAGCUUUAGGGGUGUUUGAAGGCAGUGCUGGAAAACUAUAAAGUUGAAAGUUCAUCCCAGGCUGUGAGCGGGCUUGGUGUAAAGAAGUUUCAGAGUAACUGCCCUCAGGACGUUCCUGUAGGUUCAUGCUUGAUCCACGCUCUUAUAGAUUCCUGUUACUCUGUGCCUCUCAUUAGAUAGGAGCUGUGAAUGUGACAGGAAUGUAAGAUAACCCUUUCAGGCUGUGUUCUCACAGGUUGGUUGUUAAUAUGUCGAUGAUGUGUCACAAUCUCUGCUCUGCCCGUGAUAAAGUCUGGGGUUCUGGUGUCUCUGUGUGUGUGUCGAUGUCAAACCAACCCCGCCUCGUAUGCAGACUUUAUUUUUCCACUGAAAUGAUCUAUAAAUACUCUGUGACGUCCAGUCUGCACAUUCCAGACGUACUCACCAUCACUCUGCUUUUUAUCUCUUCUUCUUCAGCCUGGCAUCCAUCACUUCACCUUACCGUUCACACUCCUCCUUUCUCCUCUCUGAGCUCCAGCUCCUUUUGUCUUACUGUUCCCUCAGGUUAUAGAUACAGGAGCACCUCUCUCUGUCUCUCUCUCUGUCUCUCUCUGUCUCUGUCUCUCUGUCAAGGCACAUCUGUUUCACUUUAUUGCUCUGUCAUUGUCUGAAGUGUUCCUCUUCAUCUUUAAGUUCAUCCAAACUUUGUAAAUCCCCUUUAAAUUCUCAUCAGGUCCAUUGAGAGCAGACUGUACUCCUCUGUCUUUAGGCGUUUAUUGAAGGAACACAUCAGGAGGGUUCUACCUGCGGUGUCUCAAAUAUGCACCCUUUCUCUCUUUUCAAGGUUUAUUCAGCUGAAAUUGGAGCGAGCCAGUUCAGCAGAGCGCCAGCUUGUCUUCAGUGAGAUACUGCAGGCAGCGUACCAGCUCAUGGUGGACGUCUUUGGAAAUUACGUCAUCCAGAAGUUCUUUGAGGUGUGUAUAUAACGCUGAGUGUUAUCAAAGUUUUAAUUUAGAGGGAAAUACCUGUCACUAAUAUUUCAAAACCUGACCUUCAUGGUUUGACGGUGCCUGCAUGGAUGUGUGUUGGAGCUGGUGUUAUGUUCUGGUCGACUGAUUGUUGGAGCGUCUCAUUUGGGAUAUGGACCUGUGCAAGGAUGUUUAAAAUCAAUCAUGUGACCUGAAUCAUGUCCUGUUGUUAGCACUUUCUCCUUGUCCAGGACAAAUCUGUGAUAAAGUUCUCACAGCGAAGACGAAGUCUGGAGGUCCCUUUUUUAAUCAGCAGACAAGGUCACAGGGAAGAUAAUCCGAACAAGGUUACCCAGUGCUUUUUAACCCUUGGUUCCUGUAAAUUUUAAGCUCCAUCCAGCCUACUUUGUCCCCAAAACGCACAUGCAGAUGAGUGUUCAUAAAAAAAUAAAAAAAAAACAUUUUUAGUACUUUUUUUGACUAAAAUCUCUUAAACAACUUCAGCCCAAACCAUUGAAAAAGUAAUGAAAAACAAAUUUGAUGUAUCACCCUUUUGAUUCCAGUUAUUGUGCACCAUGUCAUAAGGCUUGGGUUUAUUGAUUAAGUCUGCGUUCUAAACAGGUGUGUCUAUUGGAGCGGAAAAACACUCUAAUCUCACCUUCUUUUCUCGAGCCACGUCCUCUACAAAAUUAAAUGCGAGCAAAUUCAUUUGUUCAUAUUAAAUUAAUUUUAUAUAUAAACAUAUAAAAUCAGAAGAUAUAUGUAAGAUAGGAAUCAUUUACGACUGGUUAUCUUCCUCUAACCAAAAUAUGACUGUGAUUACGGUGACUACACGCAUAUGAAAAUUAACCGCGUAUUUGAGAUGUGAUAUAUUCUCACCUCAGUUGAAAUCGUCCAAAUGUCCCACUCUUAGACAUCCAUACCUAGUGGCACGUUACGUUUCAUUCAAUUCUGAUGAUGUUUAGUGGCUGAAAUAGUGUUUCAAACAUGCUAAGUCCACAAAUGAAGACCUUUGUGCGCGACACCAAAGGGGUUAAAAUUAUGUGCUGGCACAAUCUCCCACUGUCGGAAAGUAAAAUUCAGAGCCCUGGUGAUCGAGUGACUGUGGGAAAAAAAAAAGGUUGCAAUAUGUUGUUAUGGUGCCAUAAACAUGAAGAAAAAUAAGUACUCUCAUGAAAUUUGAUGCCCCAGUCUUUAAAAAUGUGACUUUUGGUUCAAAAUAAAGAUGAAAAAAAUAAUGACAAAUGUCUGCGAAACAGACAGCAGGAAUCGAGGGUUAAUGUUAUGGGACCACAGAGUGUUUACUUUUAGCUGAAGAAGACGAAGAUACCUUCGUUAAAUUAACUAACCGUCACAGGGUUUACGAUGCAGAUUACACAGAAUUAAACCAUUGAAAGAAUUAUUGAUGACUUCCAAAGACCUGACUAAAAGCCAUCUGCAUUUACUAGUGGCCUAAAGUUUCGAGAGAAAACAUGUCACUCUGCCUGUACUCUCUCCCCUUCCUCUUGACUUUUCCUCUCCAUGCAGGUGUCAGAGCUGCUGUCAGAGGGCUCGACACAGUGUGGUAGAAGUAGGAGGAGAGCUGGAGAGGGGUGUUGAUGAAGUGCAGAGAAUAGACUGAAAGAUCCAAAUAAUAGAUGGUACAAUAGGCCAAUAGAGUUCUUUUUAUUUCAGUUUCAUCAGCUUAUACAUCAUGUUCACAGUUAUAUCAGUUUUUCUUUUUUUUAAAGCUGAAUUUUAAAGGUUCACAGGAACAGACAUAGAGAGCUCUCCUCUGCUCAAACUGAUUUCAAAUGGAGCAAAAGUGUUUGUCAAGAGAUCCCGCUGCUCUGAAAAUCAGGCUCGAGGACAUCCCACCUUAUAUUCCGUGUUACUUGUGUUUUUCCAGUUUGGCAGCCUGGACCAGAAGCUGGCUCUGGCGGAGAGGAUCCGGGGUCAUGUGCUGUCUCUGGCCCUGCAGAUGUACGGCUGCAGGGUCAUUCAGAAGGCUCUGGAGUUCAUCCCCUCUGAUCAGCAGGUCAUCGUAAGUACACUUGUUCCACUUCCUGUGUGCAUGUACAAACAAAGGGAACAGACUGAACCUUUGCUCUAUCAUGAUCCUAAUGAGGCUCCUCCUGCUGCGCCCGCUGUGAUCUCGCGCCGUUACCGUGAGGGAUAAAAGCGUCUUUGAAACGAACCACUUUAAAGGCCUUUUUAACAUGCCUGCUCAUAAUUCAGCUGUAGAGGAGGGCGCUUUGCUCCUGGGUCACUAAUUUCUGUUUAUAUUGCACAAUGCAGCAUCGAUAAAGAGGUGUGCUCCUGACGCUGAAACGGCAUUUUUCACCUACAUUAUGGUUUUUUUUAUGUCGGCGCUGCGUCGUGUAGCAGCAGGUUCCUCGCGGGCUCUCCAUCAUCAACGAUGAAUGAGGCUAAUGAUACCACAGUUUAUAUGCAAAUGUUGAACUGCAGGUGUUAGGAUAAAUCUAGCUGAAUAUCAACAGGAAAUGUCUUUGCUUGAAUUCAGUGGUUUGGGGAAAAGAGAGAGUGUGUGUGUGUGACAGAAAAAGAAAGAGAGAGAUCCAUCUCUCCUUAAUGGACCUCAAUAGAUUUCUCCAGGGCAGCUGUUCAGAGCUGGCUGUUAUUUGUUGGCCUGUGAGCCACCAUGAAAAAUGAAGGAGCAGUUGGAAAAUGCUUUUAGGCAAUAUUUGACUCCUCACAAACAAUUACACGUCCCUCUCCACAUUCUUUCUCCCCAUCUUCAUCCCCUCCCCGUCGUCUUCCUCCUUUUCCUCCCCCACAGAGCGAGAUGGUGCGGGAGCUGGACGGACAUGUGUUGAAGUGCGUGAAAGACCAGAACGGUAACCACGUGGUGCAGAAGUGUAUCGAGUGUGUCCAGCCGCAUGCGCUGCACUUCAUCAUCGACGCCUUUAAGGGACAGGUGGGUCCCCCUUGUGUGGACACACAAACACACACACACACACGCGAAUUAUUUCCCCCCUUUCAAUCACUGAAGCCUGCCAGUGUUCGGCUGUCAACCACACACACACACAGAUUCUUCCUUGAGGCAGCGAGCAUAUUGUCACCGCCAAAGUACACCGACACACAAGUGCUCAGUCCUUCCCAGGGACAUGGUACGUCACCAUGGCAACAGGAACCACAGCCCGGUGGCAACAGCCAUCUUCUAUCCAGCAGCUAAAUGUUACAUUAGCAUAAAGUGUUAAAGAGAGAUUUGAUGUGUUCAUACACACACCUUAUUUCAAUUGGAACCAAAGGCUCCAGGUUUAGAUGUCACUCAGGAUGUUCUCACUGUGUUUGUGUGUGUGUCUCACAUUUGCAUGAUAAGUAGUUGUGUGUUUUCUACCUGGCUGCUCAGAUUUGUUUGCGUCAGGAAUGUAUUCUCACCUUCCCUGCAGGGGUUGGCGCUGUGUGCCCGAGUGUGAUUAUUUACGCCUAGAAUACAAGCGACUUUCUGCACCUUUUAGUGUCUGAACAGAGAUAAACUGAUGUUGAACUCGCCCGGCUCCUGGACCACUCAGCGUACGUGUUGAAUAAGUAAAGAUGUGUAAUUAUGUGCGUCUCUCAGGUCUUUGCCCUCUCCACUCACCCAUACGGCUGCCGAGUCAUCCAGCGCAUUCUCGAACACUGCCUUCCUGAACAGACGCUGCCUAUAUUGGAAGAGCUCCAUCAACACACAGAGCAGCUAGUGCAGGUAACACACACACCCACACGCACACACACUCAUGAAUAAGCCCUCGCUGCUGUCUCCUCUCUACCAGCAUAAUGACACGUCAUGUUUGCCUAAAUAAAGCUUCUCUCAGUCCAGAUUUCUGAUCUCGUCUGUGUUUGAUGUGACGUCAGUGCGCCAGCUGCUCCCUCACGUUUUCAGUUAAUGUGUCUGUGUUUUGUUUUAUUUAGGACCAGUAUGGCAAUUAUGUCAUCCAGCACGUUUUGGAGCAUGGCCGAGCAGAAGAUAAGAGCAAGAUCGUGGCUGAGAUCAGAGGAAACGUCUUGGGACUCAGCCAGCACAAGUUUGCAAGGUGAAUUCCAGGACAGAGGCGCAAACUCAAGGCUGCGAUCUUAUCUGCUGUCUUCUUUCGCUUCUUCACGAUUGCAGCCCUUCUUCUGCUGUUUCGUUUUUAACCCUCUCUGUUGCGUUUUCUAGUAACGUGGUGGAGAAGUGUGUGACCCACGCGUCUCGAGCCGAGCGAGCAGUGCUGAUCGACGAGGUGUGCAGCCUGACUGAGGGCCCCCACAGUGCCUUAUACACCAUGAUGAAGGACCAGUACGCCAACUAUGUGGUGCAGAAGAUGAUCGAUGUGGCCGAGCCCACCCAGCGCAAGAUCGUCAUGCACAAGGUUGGUGGACAGGAGAGGGUCGUCUGACAUGUUUCAUCAAAAUAUGAGAGUGGAUUAAAGCAGAGCAGACAGGUGGUAUCCUUGUGAUUAAAGGGCUGGAAUAUUUGGUUUUAAAAGUGAGGUUUAACCCUCACAUUCACUGACUUUGACCAUGUGUUUGUGCAUGAACAAGAGUGCAAACCAUAGCUGUGUUUGCAUGGGUGCUUGGUGUGGUGAAUUAAAUAAAAUAUCUGGGGCGUAUCAUCAGGGAGGGGGGAUGAUCUGCAGUACCGCUGCAUGCUCAGGCUCACAGUCUGACUUUGGUGGCCAGAGAAGCAAAAACCUGAAAUGGCUCUUUAAGUUUGAGGAGUUACAGCUUGUUAAUUUUGCCUCAAAGGCCUGAUUGACUCAUGGGUAAAGUUGUAUAUUUGUAGUGGUAAGCAGUAAACUGGCGAGCAGAUAUACAGGCUGUAAUCCAACAGCCAGAUAACUCCCUCUACACCGCUGCCAUCAUUAAUUAUUAAGUUUUGAUCAGCCUAUUGGCACUAAAGAUCAACCUCAUAGCGGAAAAUAAGGCAUCGACCCAUCACCCCACCUUCUACUGACAUAAAUUUAAGUCAUUCUCAGGGUUUUUUAGGAAGCAGCACAGCUGAUAACCUGAUAAGUGAUCAUUGAUUUCCAAUAAAAUAGGUGUUAGAGUUCCUAGAGUCACUGAAAAACAAGAUUUUUCUCAUAAUCGUAAAGGGAGAGAUCUAAGUCUUUAACUCCAGUGGUCUGUUACCUUUAAUCCCCUUUAAAUGAGUUCAUGGUCAUGUGUGUUUGUCUCCGUCAGAUCCGGCCUCACAUCUCCACCCUGAGGAAGUACACAUACGGCAAACACAUCCUGGCCAAGCUGGAAAAGUACUAUAUGAAGAACGGCGUCGACUUGGGUCCUCUCUGCGGCCCUCCUAAUGGAAUCAUGUAAACCCCCCUCCCUCCCAUACCUCCUAAAAUGAAAUCACCUGACCCCUCCCCCCCCACCACCACCUUUCACCUCACCCUCUUGAUGCUGUCAUUUCCCUCAGUUCCUCCCUCCUCUCCCUCCCACUCCUAGCCCUGUCUGACCUCUCAAAAGUCAUCGAGCACACUUCCCCCCCCCUCCAAAUCCUGCUCACCGAGGACAUUGAGUACCCCUCGCACCCUUGUUACCAUGACAACCGUUCGGGAGGAGCCUGUUGCUACAGGCAGCCUUAGUUUUUGUCUGAUUAUGUUGCCCCUCCCCCACCUGAGCCGCAGCCCCUGAGCUCAGGGAGGGAUGGAGGUUGGGGGAGUGGAGAGGUGAGACCUGCUCCACUUCCCCCUCUUCUACUUUUUUUAUGUUUACCUUUUUUUUUCUUCUAUUUCUGAUGAACCUAAAAAAAAAAAUCAUUUCACCUUUUUGCUACUGCUGCACACACAAUCCUGCUGUCCCCACCUCCUCCUCUUCUUCUUCUUCUUCUUCUUCCUCCCAUCUUAGCUAUUUACCACUAUGAGAUGGAACGAGUAUUUAAUUUGUCUGACGUCACAGAAUCAUAGACGAAAACACACACACGCACAUGCGCCAUCAGCUAACCAGCAGACAGAUCAUUUAGCAUGGGAGAUUCGUUUUCUGGUCUUGCUUCUAUAAAUAUAACGUGUAUACUUGGUGUAGACCUUUGCAUAUAUAUAUAAAUAUAUAUAUAAAACUUUGUAGUUUUUCUGGUUUUUGAUGUUGAAUCUGUAUCUAUAAUGUAUCCUAGUAGUGACCACAUACUUCUGACUGUAUAAUUGUACAUUUGUAAACCCUUGUAAUGUAAAAGUGCUUUACCACCCUUUUUGGUAUGAGAAGAAAAAAGAAAAAAGCUCACUCUGGAAAAAAAAAUCUUAGAAAAAAAAAAACCUGUGCAUUUCAGUGUAUAUUCUCACCUCCUUGGUUGUGACAUAUGAGUUGUUGUAUAUUGUAAAUUGUAAUAUCAAAUUUUUGUUUUGAAAAGCCCUUUCUAUACAGCGUAGUACUUGUACAAAGAUUCGCCACGCUUGGUUUUAUCUUUAUCUUGUCACUGCUUAACUUAAAAACGUCGAUCUCCCACUGACUCCCAAUUGGACACGUUCUGUUAGACUUAGUGGUGUCUUCUGGUUUAUGUUGAAGGCUUUCUUCUUCUUCUUUUUUUUUUUUCGACCUUUUUUUAAGAUCUUUUUAUAGGAAUGCUUUACCCCAUGAAAUGUGUCAUGAGUAUGGGUAUGCUGGCUGGGUGGGAGAAUGAACUUUUACUCAUUUAAAACCUUCUAUUACCCAUGACUGUUUUCAGAGGGGUAAACCCACAGAUUGUACAGAGGAGAUUCUUUGUGUUUUUUGGCAUUUCUCUAGUGCUGUAAGUGCUGUAUCAUACUGUCUAUGUCCUUUGGGGUGAGAGAGGCAGCCCGCCACAGUGCGGUGUACAUUUGGAGCAGCCUUGUGUAUAUUUACUACGAGCACACCUGUAACCAUAUGUGUAUAGUUAACAGAACCUGUGUAUGCUUAUUGCCUGGGCAACUAUUUUUUGUAACUCCUGUUGUAGAUUGUCUCUAAACAAUUGUGUGAUCUUUAUUUUGAAAACCAAACUGAACAAAAAAACUUUGAAAAUUUAACCGU